AUGUUAGUGCAGUGUUGUAUCUGUGCUGGGCUAGCUGCACUCAUGGCUCGUAAACGGAGUGGAGGCUGCUGCCCCCAGCCGCCCCUCAAUGAGGACAAUGCCCGCUUCUGCCUGCUGGCAGGGCUUAUCCUGCUCUACCUGCUGUGUGGGGCUGCUGUGUUCUCCGCCCUGGAGCGCCCCUCUGAGCUCCGUGCCCACCGCCUCUGGGACCAGCAGCUGGCCAACUUCACCCUGAGUCACCAGGUAAGCCUGGGAGCCUUGCACGCGCUGCUGCGACAGUAUGAAGAGGCCAAUGGGGCUGGGAUCAGAGUGGAUGCUCUUAGGCCCCGCUGGGACUUCUCUGGAGCCUUCUACUUUGUCGGCACAGUUGUGUCCACCAUCGGCUUUGGUAUGAACACCCCAGCUACCAUCCCUGGUAAAAUAUUCCUGAUCUUCUACGGCCUCAUCGGCUGUGCCGCCACCAUCCUCUUCUUCAACCUCUUCCUGGAGAGGAUCAUCACCAUGCUCGCCUACAUCAUGCGCUGGUGCCACGAGCGGAGGAUGAGGCGCUCAGGGGUGGGGCCUGUGUCUGGGGUCGGGGAGCCCCGCAGUGAGGAGGACAGUCUGGAGGGUUGGAAGCCCUCUGUCUACUACGUGAUGCUGAUCCUGGGAGUGGCGUCUGUGCUGAUCGCCUGCAGUGCCUCCUCUCUGUACUGCUCCAUGGAGGACUGGAGCUACAUGGACUCCCUGUACUUCUGCUUUGUGGCCUUCAGCACUAUCGGCUUCGGGGACCUGGUGAGUAGCCAGAGGGAGCGUUAUGAGGCCCAGGAUGCCUAUCGCCUGGGCAACUGUCUCUUCAUCCUCAUGGGCGUGUGCUGCAUCUACUCCCUGUUCAAUGUUAUCUCCAUCAUCAUCAAACAGACUCUCAACUGGAUCCUGACCCGGCUGGCUUGCCCAGGCCGGCGCUGUCACUGCUCUUGCCCUAAGAGGGGCCUUUGCCGGCGGCUCUGCUGCCGCUGCCUCCCUAACAAACACGCUGGCUUGAGGCCUCCACCCGCACGGCUCCGCCAGCAGCGGCUCAAACGCAACGCUGUGCAGCCCACCCCAUCCCACCCCCCUGUGAGGCGACACCGCUACACAGACGCCUCGGUGGAGACAGUGUGUAACAUCGAGACAGACGCUGGGAUGGGGGUGGACGGGGUCGCUGGAGGCCGGCGCCUCUCUGGGGAGAUGAUCUCGGUGAAUGACUUCACAGCGUCCAAUAAGGUGUCUCUGGCGCUGCUGCAGAAGCAGCUGUGUGAGACAGCCCACCAGGGCCCCCGUCAGAGCCACGUUCCACGUCACAACGGCUUCUCUGGGGGGGUGGGCGCAUUUGCUAUUAUGAACAACCGCCUGCAGGAGACCAGUGUGGACAGGUAAUCACACCUGGCCCCAGUCACACUA